AAGCCGGUUGCAAAAUCCCCUAAUUUCUAAAGAGCCGACUUGAUCAGUGACUCCCGCACUGAGCAGGCCGGAGUGAGGGAGCGGAAGAAAAUGAACGAGCGCCCCCUUUCACCAGGUCCCGGAACCGCCUCUCCAGUAACCUAGAUGUCCGGGUUGUUCCAAGGCUGCUGGCGGGGGUGGGCAGCCGGGACGCUUGGCGGAUUGGAAGGAACCAACUCGCAAGAGUCGGGACUGUUUAAAGACAGCGGUGGGGAGGUGGGGAGGGUCCUCAAGACCUGGAGUCUCGUCUGAGCGCGGGGGUGGACUCUCCGGCCCGCGCGGUUACGCGUCACCCUGCCGCCUCCCCUACCCCGCGAGCUCCGCAGUGGUACGUGCCGGUAGCGCGCGCCGCUUGAAGCUCGGGGCGAGGCGGCCGGGACCCGGCUGGGCAGUUCUGUGCGCCAUGGACGCCCGGCGCGCUGAGGUGCGCGCCUUGGAGGCGGAGAUUGCGGCGCUGCAGCGAGCGUGCAGCGAGCUGCCUGCGCCCUGGGAAGGGACGGCCAGAGACCGAAAAUCAUUUCAAGAAACAUACCAAUCAGAUACUAAGAAAUGUGAAUCUUCAAAAGAUCUAAAAAGUCAGCUUGGACAUUUAAAAUCAGAACUUUCAUUUCUAAGUACACUUACUGGCUUCAAUAUAAGAAAUUAUGCCAAGCAGACAGAGGACCUAACAACGACUGAGAUGACAGAAAAAGGUAUAAAGAAAGUUCUACAGAGACACAGAUUAUCAGGAAAUUGCCACAUGGUUACAUUUCAACUUGAAUUUCAAAUUCUAGAAAUUCAGGCUAAGGAGAAUUUAUCUUCUGUCAUUACUGAGCUCAAUAUAAUAAUGGAACCCACAGAAUAUUUAGAAUUAAGUGAAUUUGUAUCUAGAGCUGAAGAAAAAAGAGAUUUAUUCAUGUUCUUCCGAAGCCUACAUUUUUUUGUGGAGUGGUACAAAUGUCGUAAGCGCACAUUUAAACAUUUCAAGGAGAAGUACCCCGACACUGUGCACCUCCCGGAGGGGUCCUGCUCCAGCUGCAUGGAGAUCCGCAGCGCCAGGAGGCCAGGGUUUGAAUUGGUGAUUGUUUGGAGAAUACAGAUAGAUGAAGAAGGGAAGGUUUCACCAAAGCUGGACCUGCUCACCAAAGUCCCUCAGCGAGCUCUGGAGCUGGACAAGAACAGAGUCCUAGAAACCGCUCCUCAGAGCUUCCGAACCCUGCUAGAAGUGCUUGGAAUUGAAGCCGCUCUAGAAAGCCUGAUAAAAAUUACUCUGUGCAGAGAAUGACUAGUUCCCACACAGGGAAGGAACAAGAUGGUGCACCGAAAAGCAUGCGACCUAUAUUGACUCUAAGUGUAUUAUCUACCUUCCCCUCAGAAACCACACCCUUAGCUGGAUGCAUUUGACACCUGCCUACCAUCCCAGCUACUUGGGAGGCAGAAGGAUCAAGUUUGAGGCCAGCCUCAGCAAUGUAGACCCUGUCUCCAAAAAAUAAACCAAUGCUGGGCACGUCGCUCAGUGGUAAAACAAUUGCCUGGCAUGCAUGAAGCCCUGGGUUAAGGCCUCAUCACUGCCCAAAACAAGCUGUCUAUGCAGUUAUGCUACAUCAGACUCUCAUGGCAUGAAAAAUACAGCUGUUCAUGUAUAAAAUGUCAAAUAGAAUUGAACAUUCGAGAAGACAUACCAAGAGUGGUUCUCCCUCCCUUGACGUGUGUGGACCAGCUUGGGCCCCCACCUCACCUCACAGUCUGCCCAGAGACGGAGCCACGUGUGGUCCAGCCCUGAGAAGCCAUCCACCUCCUGCCACCUGGGGGCUUUUGGAGGCAGUUGUUGAUGGAGCUUCAUUUCUUAACAUUCCUCAGAAGCCACAGCAGCCAUGCCUGCGCCCUGCUGGCUGCACAGCAGCACCUCCAAGUCCUGACCCUCUUGGUCUCCCCACAGUCUGCACGGCUAUUAACGUCAAAACAGUGCCAGAUGACAGCCACCCAGCACUGCUCCCUUCUCACAGGACCUUCACUAGAGAACCCCAGAGGGUCUGAGUGCUACACCAUAAUCUCAGAUGAGAACUAGAGAUGGGAGCCCCUCCAUCCCCCAUAUGUCAGGGUCAGUGAGGGUUUUCAUGCCGUUGGGGCAUCCUGGAAUCUGAGCACAGCAGCGGGGACGUGGCAGGGCUGGAGACCAGCCUCAGUACCACCUGCCAGACGGAGGGCCGAGACCUAGGCUGGGGCGCUCCCUCCUCCCUCCUAUGAGAAUACAGCCUGCUUGUUUUCAUUCCGCCCAUCCAGCUGGAUGAGGCCCCUUGCCAGGCUGUAACACUACUCCCCAGCCCACCUCCCGGAGAGCCUGGGGUUCUGGCAGAGGGAUGCUACCUCCAAGAGCAUGGCGUAGCCCAGGGCACAGUGCACCACAUUGUGCAGAAACCUGUCCCAAGUGCCGCCCAGGCCCGUGGCAACAAACCAUCCUGAAUCCAAACAGUGCUAAUGGCCAUUUCCCACCCUCCACAGCCUCGAGCUGAGCUUUGUGGACGUGACUGGGGUGGACCUCCAAAGCCCCACCCUAGCACACAUACCACGCAAGCUGAAGGAAAAGGGGCCAGUGUGUCCAAGUAUAGAAUAAAGUAAAUGUAAGGACAGAAUUCAAGAAUCAAUUCUAGAAGAGUUGGCUUGAUUCAAACAAGUGUAAUUCUCAAGUUAUCACAAAAUUUCCCACAAAAAUUUUACAAUCAGCAAAAUAUUUUCAUUUUUCAUGUAGCAUUUUCAUACAAUUCCAUGGUUUCACUAAUAUUAUGUUACAAUAAGCCUUCAUUAGUCCCUCAAAAUUAUAUAAAUAAUCAGUCUGUACAACCUGCCAUGGGGAAGGGGAGCCAAGAGUCCCAACAAUUUUAUAGCAGCCGGGCACACUUCUGGUGAUCCCAACAAGAACCCUCGGCACCAGCUAGGAGCCACGCAUCUUCCAGAAGCAGGGCCCGUGGCAGCCCAACAGGAAUGGCAAGGCUCUGGGGCCCACACCCAAAAAAGCUCCCAGGCAAACCGAGGGGAGGAGUGCAGCUUGGGAAGUCCCUCGACCACCCGACACGACGGAGUGCUACCAGAACCAGAAUGCUGGGACACCGGGCGUGCCCACCCCAGCCAGCCACGGCAGCCUAGUGAGUUACAGCUGUGCUCCCAGCUUCCACAGUAGCGAUUUCAGGUAGGAAAGAACACUGUAUCUCCCCCUAGAGUUAAAAUCAUAAAGCAAAAACAAAAAGUCAAUGCUCUUGUGAGUGGUGUCCAUCCUGACCUGAGUCUCACACUCCCUGCUGACCCUUAAGAGCCGUGAGCUUCGGCACCUCCACAGGGACCCUGAGUCUAGACCACUCAGAACCGACGUCCACACUAACUCUGAUCACUCUCUGCAGCAGGGAACCACCCAAAGCCUGUGUUGAUGUGUGGCUCGAAUUGAAAAAGUGACCAGUAACAACCGGGAAAGUUCCAGUGGUAUCUAUGUUUUCCAAAAGUCCAAACCAUAAGAUGCUUGUGACAAUUCAAGCUUUCUACGUCAGGAUUCUGGUGGUAGGAGAUCCAAACCUUGGUCUUAUAAGGCUUUUCGCAUAGAGAAUUAGACAUGAGCCCUGGUUGAAGGAAGAACUACCCAGGACGUCUUCCCAGGGCUUAACGGACACUUCCGAUUUAAGAAUAUGAGCAGCCUCCUGGGACACCCCGCUCACAUCCUACAUUCCUUGUCCUGGAAGAUGUUUCUAGUGCUCUUUAAUUUUAUGUCUUCAAGAGGCAAUCUCACCUCAACAGGGUUAAAAGCAAAAACAUUCACAGCCAGAAGUCGUCCAACACAAUAGAAAAUAGCUAUCAUUCAACUUUCACAUUCAAGUUUCAAAGACACUGCAGGGAAAAAAGUUAGACCUUAUGGAGAACUAACGUGCAGUCUUCACUUUCCUUCAACCGAGUCGGCACCACAGCAUCAUCUUUGGCAUGCACAGUCUUUGAGUAAUAGUUGACUAUCUUGCUGUCCAAUUUAUACUGAUGAGGAAUGCUCUCAUAGGGCUUGAGGUCAAGGUCCAGCACAGACACGGAGAAGGCGAGCCUGGACCUCGAUGAGGGGAUGACAGGCCUCUGAUCAGAACUGCAAGUAAAAAAGCAAUUUCAGAAUACACGGACCCUCCGAGUUCUCUUAUCCCAGCUCACAAAGAGCACCCAGUCAGUGUUUGUGUGCAUACUGUCUACACUAGCAUGUGAGCUUCCACAAAGUAAUUACCUAUGGGACACAGGCCAGCACCCUGAGCCACAUCAGACAAGACAGAUGAAGGACUGGAAGAUGGAAAAGCCAUUAUGUGGAACGCCUGAGUGAUAUUCCCCAGGCCCCAGUGGCGGGAACGAAUGCUGAAAAAGUCACUUUAUCACGAGCCAAGCAUUACAAAACCUAAGAAUUAAAAAGUAGUUCUGGCCGUUCAACAGCCAGAUGGAUGAAAGCCAAGAACAGACUCCUCUUUACGCACCUUUCCCACGCCUGGUGAGGAAAGCAGCCUUCUUAAUGCUCCUCACAGAGACAGGCCUGGUUUCAUGUUUUACUCUCAAAGCAAACCUUCAGUACUCGGUAUUUUCUCUUUAGUUUUGUAGCAUUUGUGAACAUCAGAAUAGUUAUGUGCUCAUAACAGUGUGAACAAUUACUUGUACUUUAGAACACUUUCAGGGCUGGGCACGGUGGCACACGCCUGGGAUCCCAGGGCUCAGGAGGCUAAGGCAGCAGGAUUGAAGCUGAAGACCAGGCACAGCAAAUCAGUGAGGCCCUCUCAAAAUUGUGGAUGUAGCUCAGUGACAGAGCACCCCGGGUUUAAUCCUCAUUACCAAAAGGAAAAAUAGCACUUUGAGAACAACUGAAUCUGGUCCUGAGAUGGCUGUGUAUCUAUCUAUCUGCUUUGCUCAGAAAACUCAACACAUAGCAUUCAAAAGAGUGGCUGAAUGAAUUAUAAACUUCAUUUCGCCCAGAAGAAGUGUACCAUAUUUACCGCUCUUCUCAAUUUAGAAAUCAUUAAAAACAGAACUCCAGCUGUGAAGCCUCCCUCCUGGGAGACAGCCUGUUCUAAGGAUGCUAAUAAAGACCUCAGCUCUCAACCCGUUUCAGAAUUCUGUUCAUAGAAAAAAACGGUCACAAAUCAGUUGCCAGGACUCUCUGCUGAAUAGCAGAGAAUAGCAAAUAACUUGUGUACAAGAUCUUGGGUCUCCCUCUGGAAGCUGGAAAGGGACAACUCACCCUGAUCAGCCUGCUACAGAGAGCCCCGAAGCCCAUGGUCAGCCCAGGACAAGGCCUAUGCCUUUUCAAGAACACCUCAAUUUCUCAGGUUAUAAGCAGCAUCCAAUAAGACACAUAAGACGACAGGAAGGGAAUUCUAAGCAGUUCCUUCUGACAACCUGGUUGACCACACGCUCCUUAUGAGCCAGGGAAGCAGGUACUAGCCCCUGCCACCAAAACAUCUGCCUGCCCCCAGGGUCGGUCCUUGAAGCUAAAACCGGGCAAGAAUCUCCCAAGGCACAUAUGUCCCUCUGCCAUGGCCUCAGAUACUGGGGCUGGGAUAACCAGGCUGCAGGGAGCUGCUGCCCUCGCCUGGACAGUUGGUCUCCAGGGCCCAAAGCAGUAGGCAAGGUAGCAAGAAGGACGGGCAGAGUAGCCCAAGGCUGAAGCUGCUGCCCGUGCUGUUUGGAACAGGAAAUGGAGUAGAGGACCAGAACUUGAGACAUAGGAGGCUGUGAGCAGCUCGCCCUGUGAUUCCAAAAUCACAAAAUGCCUGCACAAACAAGGCAGUAGACAUAAGACCUUCUUGUUUAUGAUGGGGCCGAAACAGAAGUAGAGAAGCCUUUAUUUUAGGGGUGUGGUAAGUUUAAAUGUAGUCAACCUGUCUGUGAGCUAUACAUUAAAAUUUAAGGAUCUAAAUUUAGUCUUAGGUUUGGUGUGCAUUUCAUGGCUGUGAAGAUGACUUGGGACAUACCCUGGCCACAGUUGGCCAUGGCUUCUGAGAGCCACUGAGCGCCCAAUCCCUGUGCACAAAGCUCUGGGGAGCCCCACCACUUCCACUCUGCAAGGUAGGGCUAGGCCACCAGUUCAUAGCCCCUUGACAGAGGGUCCCUACUCUGGCCUUGUCCCCAGACUCCAGCAGGCGAAGCAGCUUCCCAGGGCAGAGUCCUCUGCAAAUGCAGGUCAGAAUUUCCAGCUCUCCUGUCACUCCUCAACUGGAUCACAGAAUUCCAGGCUUACGCAUGCUUAACCUCCUUCAAAUCUAAGGUUCAUUUCUAACCAGCAAAGUUUUUCCAACAUAAAGCUUACCUAUGCACAGCUUAAUUUUUAAACUUAAAUCAUUGUGUAUGAAACACUUAAGAAAUGCUUUCCAAUACUCAACUUUCCUUUGUCCUUAAUUUUUUCGCCUCCUACCUUUAAAUAUUUUUUCAUGUUUAUCAUGCAUUUACUUGCAUCAUGAAAUAAAUUUGGCAGAGGUCUCAGGAUGAAAUGUUAAGAUAAAAAUGGAACAAACACUUAUAAAUUUAAUAAGCAAAUGGCCACACAAUAAUUCAACUAUUUCCUUAUUUUGCACAUUAAGAUUGUUUUCAGAUUCUCAAAUCACAAUCCUGCUGCACAGUACAUUGCUCAGCUUUGAGGCCUCUGAGACCCCACAGAGCAGAGUUUCUGCAACUGAAAUCAAUCAGUGUCCUACCCAGUCAUGCCACCUCACCCCUCCCCAUAACCAAUUUCCCUUAACUCCCUGCCAAUUCAAAGCAAUAGAGAGAAGUCAGUGAGUUGAGACAGCCCCCGAGUCACAUCCAAGCCACUGACAAGUUUAAAAAAAAAAAAAAAAAAAAAAGAUGAUCUUCCUUUGGCUCUGUGGAGAAAG